GAAUGACUAUUUGCGAUUUGGCCUGGCCGCCAGCAGUGCGACGAUUUCACGGCCAGCACCAACGCACAAAAUUCGCGGUCAACGUUUCGACAAGCGGAAGUCGCCCCAGACGCUUUAUAUAAUAUGAUAAGCUGACGUGAUAUAAACUCUCAGUCUGCAGAUAACCGUGUGAUAUAAUUAUACGUACUAAGGAUAUAAGAUGUUGCGCUAUAGAAUGGGUUCAGUGGUCCGUGGCACGCUCUCAUUCAAGGCAACAUCGAAAUUAUUGCUCCAAAUGCAGCUACCAGGUGUAGUUGGCGCAGUGGCCUUGCAGUGCCGCCAUCUGAGCCCCAUGAAUGAGUACCGGAAGCGUAUCGAAUCCGGUAAACUGAUGACUGACAACAAACAGGAGUCAACAAUGGAGCAGCUGGACGCUCUCUAUCACAAAAUCCGCAACUAUCAGCCAUCCGUACAAGCGUCAUCGGGCGGAGGUGGUUUCUUUGGUUCGCUCUUUGGCAAGAAAUCGGGUGAAGAUGUCGAUGAUGACUUAAAUGCGGGCAGCCACAGUCCACAGGGACUCUAUCUCUACGGCAGUGUGGGCGUGGGCAAGACAACACUCAUGGAUCUGUUCUACGACUGCUGCACGGAGAUUGACCGGAAACGGAGAGUGCACUUCACCGCCUUCAUGACGAACGUUCAUUCGCUCAUCCACGAGGCCAAGGAACGGCAGGGUCCCAUCGAUCGUGCCUUCAACUCGGAAAAACCUGCACCCUUCGAUCCCACAAAACCAGUGGCUGAUAUAAUAGCAAGAGAAUCGUGGCUCAUUUGUUUCGAUGAAUUCCAAGUGACAGACAUUGCGGACGCAAUGAUACUUAAGCGCCUGUUCACCCACCUCUUCAGGCAAGGCAUUAUUGUGGUGGCCACCAGCAAUCGUCAUCCCGAGGAUCUCUACAAGAAUGGAUUGCAGCGUGUGAACUUUCUGCCGUUUAUUGCACUGCUGCAGAAACGAUGCCAGAUAGCGAAACUGGACUCGAUCGAUUAUCGGCGCAUUGCCCAAUCUGGCGAUACGAAUUAUUUUGUCAAAGGUCAGACAGAUGCGGCGGCAUCGAUGAAUCGCAUGUUCAAGAUUCUGUGCGCCGAGGAGAAUGACAUCAUUCGUCCUCGCACAAUCACGCAUUUCGGUCGCGAUUUAACCUUUGCUCGCACUUGUGGCCAGAUCUUGGACAGCAGCUUCAAUGAGCUCUGCGAUCGCCCAUUGGCAGGCAGUGAUUAUGUGCAAAUCGCGCAAUUCUUUCACACGGUACUCAUACACGACGUGCCGCAGCUGAAUCUGAAUGUCAGAUCCCAAAUGCGACGGUUCAUAACGCUGAUAGAUACCCUAUACGAUAAUCGAGUGCGCGUCGUUAUCUCAGCUGAUGAGACGCUGGCCAACCUUUUCAACGUUGGCCAGAAAUCUGCCCCGAUUUCCGAUUCGGAACGUGCGCUAAUGGAUGACCUAAAGCUCAACGAAAACUCAUCAAGCGUUUUUACUGGCGAAGAGGAGCUGUUUGCCUUUGAGCGGACAAUAUCGAGACUCUACGAGAUGCAGACGUGUUCCUAUUGGGAGCAAUGGGCAAAACAUCGCUGAUAUGCUCGCAAAACAUAUCAAUUCUAAAUUCAAUGCAAAGCUUUAGUGCAAUUAAUAGGACAAUUAAAUUUUAGAACCGCUUCGUUGCUGGCCGUCACAAAUUGAUAAAUCUGAUGUAUUUGUGUUAUUAUUGACAUAAUGAUUACUUGAGUAUUGAAUCCAUUUAGUUUGUUAUCUGUCCACUCAACAAUUGAGUAAUCAUUAUCAGUAUUAAUAUAAUAAAUUUGCAUGUCUAUGUUGAAGGUGUCCCACAAUUGAUCAAAUCAGCGAUAUAUUUAUGAAUGCAACUUUUAAUUGUUUAACAACGCAUCGCAUUACCAAUAUCGCAAGUAAAUACACGUUACCUGAUUUUGAAACUGAA